AUGACGCACUCAGCACAAACUCCAUGCCAGCAAGAAAAUUGUCUUCUCUCUCUUCCUUCAACUCAGUUUUCUUCACCAAUAACAUCACUAAUCAGGCUGGAUUCGGGCUCUCGGUGGCCUCUCCCAGGAGAACUAAAAGAAGGGGCUUGCCUCUUCGGGCUUGGGGUUCCGGAGCUCAUCGUCAUCACCGGCGCGGCGGCGCUCGUUUUCGAGCUGAAGAAGUUGCCUGAAGUUGGCCGUAGCGUUGGCAAGACUGUCAAGAGCUUUCAACAGUUUAUAAGAUUUAGAGAUACCCUAGUUGUUAGACGAGUCUUCCAUGUAAGUGAAAGCUUCGACCUGAGCACCAUCUCUUCGCCACCGCCUGAACACCGGAGCUCCGUCCUAAAUUUCGAACAUAGAAGAACGACCAUGCUUACGCCGGACAAGCAGCUGUGCGGCCGGAAGCUACCAGAAUUUGCCACCUGGGAAACCUCUAACCACCGAGCCAACCCAUGUCGUUGUGAUUUUCCCGGAUAA